AUGAGAACGAGGGAAAGAGUAAGGGCGAGAGCCAUAGCAAAAGUGAGAGUGAGAGUGAGAGCAACGCCAAAGCAAGACGAGAGCAAAAGCAAGAGUAAGAACAAGAUCAAGAGCGAGAGUAAGAGUGAGAAUCAAGAGUCCGAGCGAGAAUCAAGAGUCCGAGCGAGAGUAAGAGCGAGAGCCAGAUCAAGAGUAAGAGCAAGAUCAAGAGCGAGAGCCAGAUCAAGAGUACGAGCUAGAGUAAGAGCGAGAGUAAGAGCGAGAGCCAGAUCAAGAGUCCGAGCGAGAGUAAGAGCGAGAGCCAGAUCAAGAGUCCGAGCGAGAAGUAAGAGCGAGAGCCAGAUCAAGAGUCCGAGCGAGAGUAAGAGCGAGAGCCAGAUCAAGAGUAAGAGCAAGAUCAAGAGCGAGAGCCAGAUCAAGAGUCCGAGCGAGAGUAAGAGCGAGAGCCAGAUCGAGAGUAAGAGCGAGAGACCUGCAAUGACUUUGAUCCCUAAUGGCCGGGAAGGAGAGUCCGCUGGCAGAGGCAGAGUCGCAGAACCAGCAAAGGAUUAA